CCUCUUUUGGAUGUAACACACGAGGUUCGAUCGACGCUCAUCCUGGCGUCCUCUCCGUGGCUCGACAUUCGUUACUCGCGCGAUCGUAUCGAGGGAUAUUAAUAAGCGACUUUUUUCCAAUUUUUUUUUUUUCGUACGGUGGUGAUUCUUUCUUCUCCUUCUCCUUCUUCUUCUUCUUCCUUCUUCUCCUCCUACUCCUCUUCUUCUUCUUGCAACUGUUUGUCGAGGAUCGUUGGAUCUUGAAGAUGAGCAAGUACUUUGUGACCGUUCUACUGUGGCUACUUCCGGUACUGGCCGCGGCGCUGCCGGCCAAUGACAAGCCUGGAACCGAGAACGACCUCAUGGCGACCAUAUACACCGAUUGUUUGAAGAAGGAGUCGAUCAACUGCAUCAAGUACAAAGUAUUCUCGUACGUGGACAAGAUGCUGGCCGAUAAGGAGGAUUUCACGCUCACGGAUGGCAUCACCGUGGUCAAAACGUCCAAUGCCAACGAGGAAGGUGCACCUAGAUCGAUAGAGUCGAGCGACUUGGACACGCUUCUGUUCGACCGCCUGGGCAGGUUCUUGAGGACGUAUUCCAUCAAGGUCGAUCUCAAGGGGACCGAUAUCCUCGGCGCCAUCGAGUCUGCCGGGCGAAGUUUCGAGGAUUUCACCGACAACGCCGUGGAAAGUCGUGGCAAGAAAAAGAAAGCCCAGAAGAUUCUCGGCCCGCUAAUGAUGGCCCUGGCCCUCAAGGCUGCAGCCCUGUUGCCGUUGGCGUUGGGCGCGAUCGCCGCCAUCGCCGGGAAAGCGCUCCUCGUGGGGAAAAUCGCUCUGGUCAUCUCGGCCAUCAUCGGGUUGAAGAAGUUGCUUAGCUCGAGCGGGAAACACGUGACGUACGAGGUGGUGUCGCAUCCUCAUCACAGCAGCAGCCACAUAGUGAGUCACGACGACGGUGGACACGGCGGUUACGGAGGAGGUGGCGCCGACUAUGGCGGCGGUUAUUCCGGCGGAAGCAGCGGCCACGGCUGGGCAAGAAGUCUGCCUCAAGACGCCCACGAGCUUGCUUAUCGCGCCCACCAACCUCAACCGCAAGCAUAAAGAAUCUCAUAGAAAGUCACUUUCCUCCUCCUUACCUCGUCGUCCUUUUGAUUCCACCACUCUCCACCUACCCCCUUCUCCCUCGCCCUCCAUCCUCUUGCGCUCUCUACUUUACGUUUAUUUAUUAUUUAUGUUCCUGUUCGAUCCAAUCAUCUCAACCUUUUUCCAUUUCUUCCUCCAUUUCUUCUCCUUCUUCUUCUUUCACGAAUUCCUCGAAAUUCUUUCCUUUCGUUCUUUUUUUCCACGAGGAACCAGUACCUCCGCGAGAUACUCGUUCCAUGUAUAGCGUAUAUAUAUAUAUCUCUAUUUAUAUAUAUAUGUCGAGCAUUGUUUAUUUAUUCAAUUGCGCCUAACAUGACCUAGUAUUUAUUUAAUUCUAUCUUCAUUCGAUUCGUGUGUUAUUUGUUACACCGCCUGCGUAUAUUUGUUCUUUGUAAUAAAGAGAUGACGGAACGGCGCGAUGCGGCGUCUUGUCCCAAAGAGAAAAGGGAAAAAAAAGAGAGAGAGAGAAAAGAAAAGAAAAGAAAAGAAAAGAAAAGAAGAAAAACGAAAAGCGUACGUGAGCGUGAGAAUCCGUUUGCUCUAUUUAUUUAUACUUGCACUUCGAGCAAAUUAUUUAUUUUAUUAUCGUAGGGUGGCACCACUCUGGUCCAACUGAUGACGAAUCACGCGCGUUCGAGCUUUUUCUUUUUUUUUCUUUUUCUUUUUUUCUUCUUUCUUCUUACCGCUUAUUAUUUAUGAAAACGAGCGAAAGUAGCGUAGGAACGCGUCGUCGUUCGGCGCAUCCAUUGAUACCUGAACCAGAUACGAGUUAAUGAGUGUGAACACGUUAUAGGGGAUUCCGGCUAGUAGUAGUAGAAAGUACUCGUUUGCAUGCAACUCGAUUGUAUUGUUUUCUUUUUUCGAUAGAGACAGAGAGAGAGAGAGAAAAGAAGAAAAAAAGGGAACAAGCUCAGAAAUUUUCUCCACGGUGAGUUAUCUUUCCCGCGAAACGAUGCGAAAUUCCUCCCGUCUUAAUAACGUCGUAAACAAUGUAAAAUAUCGAAUAACCAACGUCCACUCGACCGUGUCGCUACUGACCCAGCUUCGUCCAACGGCUCGUUUAAUGGCUCGUAAACCGUAAAUGGCUCUUUUUCGCCAAGCACUCUCAUUACUAGCCACUUAGAUUACCGGCGUCGGCGUAGCGAAACCGGAUGCGCCGUGAACUUCCAACCGGUAACCUGCAUACCUCCUAUACCCACUGUAUAAUAACCAGAUAAAACGUUACGCGUACGUUGUACUGCGGACGGUGCAAGGACGACAAUGGAAUGAAUAUUACGGAUCCCAUUGGCGGGCGCGUGUACGCAUCGGGUUUCCUCCGGAGAGGAGGGUAUCAUCAACGGGGAUCACGAAGCGGAAAAUGAUUAGGUCGAUGGGAUCGCUAUCGAGCAGGAAAUCGUUCUGGUUCUUGUGCAACUGGUGGCGCUAGCGAGAUCUAGCGGUCGCUUUCGCCGACGCGCAGUAGAGUAUCUAGAGAAGAAGUGUAAUGUUUAAUUACUCUUAUGUUAUAAAUAGUUUAUUACAA